AUGUCGCGGUCCUUGAGCAUGAGGGGGAGCAUGAGGUCGCGCCGCGACCUGCCUCUUCCCGAGAAGACAAUUGAAAGGCUUGGGAGUAUGGUGGCUGGAGGGAAUUUCUAUGAAGCUCAACAAAUGUACAAGUCAACCAGUGCAAGAUAUAUUACUGCUCAGAAGUAUUCAGAAGCCUUGGACAUCCUUCAAUCAGGCACUUUGGUACAAUUGAAGCAUGGACAGGUUACCUGUGGUGGUGAACUUGCUGUCCUCUUUGUUGACACCCUCAUCACAGGAGAGCUUGCAUAUAGUGAACAAAUUUUUGAUCGUAUCAGAAAGAUAUAUGAGGCAUUCCCAAGGAUAACUGUUCCACAUUUCCUUGGAGAUGACUAUGAUGAUGAAGGGCAUCAAUUAUCUGAAGCUAUUUCUGCUGCCAAAGUGCGUGCAGAGAGUUGUUCAUCAUUCCUGAAAGCUGCGAUCAGGUGGUCUGCUGAGUUUGGAACAUCAAGAAAUGGUUCUCCUGAGCUGCACGUUAUGUUAGCAGAAUACAUAUAUUCGGAAUCUCCAGAGACGGACAUGACUAAAGUCUCAAGUCAUUUUGUACGCGGAAAUGAUCCAAAAAAGUUCGCUUCUAUGCUGGUGAACUUUAUGGGCAAGUGUUACCCUGGUGAAGAUGAUACUGCAAUUGCACGUGGGGUUCUAAUGUACCUAUCUCAAGGGAACCUGAGAGAUGCGAAUUUACUUAUGGAUGAGAUGAAGGAACAACUAAAAUCUGCUAACUCGGAUUUCCCCAAAACAGACUUGAUUCAGUUCAUCAAAUAUCUUUUACCAACGCUUGAGAGAGAUGCUUACCCUCUUUUUAGGACACUUCGACAGAAGUAUAAGACAAGUACAGAUCGUGACCCUGUGUUUCAGGAGUUACUGGACGAAAUAGCUGCAAAAUUUUACAAUAUACAGCGCCAGAACCCUUUAGAAGGACUUUUCAGCGAAAUGUUCAAGAUAUAA